CCUAAUGAGGGAAUGAAUGGAGAGGCCCCCUCGGCUGGCGCCCGCCCACCCGGCGGCGGCCGCCAAGUGCCUCUGGGCGCUGUGUGCCGCGCCCGCUGCUCCGCGCGCAGCCGGCUCGGGCCGCUCCUCCUGACUGAGGCGCGGCGGCGGCGGUGGCUGUGACCGCGCGGACCGAGCCGAGACAUUCGCGCCGGGGGCUCGGGCGCCGCCGCCGCUGGGCCCCGGGCGCGUGGAUGCGGCUGGGCCGGGCGGCGCCGCACACCUGAGGCGGGGAACUGGGCGCGGCGCGGGCGACGCUGUCAGGGCCGCGGUUCCUGACGCCCAGGCGCUCGCCAGGACGAGCCAGGCAGUGAUUUGAGGCACCGGGUUCACCUUCACCCAUGGCCCGGAGAGCCUAGCGGGGCUCGCCGCCGCCUCCCGGCUCCCCUUCCCCGCCUCCCACCCCUCAGCGCCGCAUCCUGCCAGCCUCGCCGCCCCGCCAGCGCCGGGCAACCGCCUCGCCCGAAGCCCUCCCUCGUUACUGUCCGCGUACCCCGGCGGCGCCGCCGCGGGAAGCGGCUCCCCCUCCUCUUCCUCCGCGUCCUCUUCUCUCUCUCCCCCGCCGGGGCCGCUUGUUGCACCGCUCCGCGGCCUGCGGGAGCCGCUCGCCCUGGUCUUGUGCUCGCGUCCGCAGCCCUUUCCUGUCGCCCCCGGGGCCCGCACCCCAGCCGGGCCGGCGAGACCCCGGCCAGACCCCGUUGCCCGCACAAAAUGUCGGCCCGGACGCCAUUGCCGACGGUGAACGAGCGGGACACGGAAAAUCAUACAUCUGUGGAUGGAUAUACUGAACCGCACAUCCAGCCUACCAAGUCGAGUAGCAGACAGAACAUCCCCCGGUGUAGAAACUCCAUUACAUCAGCAACAGAUGAACAGCCUCACAUUGGAAAUUACCGUUUACAAAAAACAAUAGGGAAGGGAAAUUUUGCCAAAGUCAAAUUGGCAAGACACGUUCUAACUGGUAGAGAGGUUGCUGUGAAAAUAAUAGACAAAACUCAGCUAAAUCCUACCAGUCUACAAAAGUUAUUUCGAGAAGUACGAAUAAUGAAGAUACUGAAUCAUCCUAAUAUAGUAAAAUUGUUUGAAGUUAUUGAAACAGAGAAGACUCUCUAUUUAGUCAUGGAAUACGCGAGUGGGGGUGAAGUAUUUGAUUACUUAGUUGCCCAUGGAAGAAUGAAAGAGAAAGAGGCCCGUGCAAAAUUUAGGCAGAUUGUAUCUGCUGUACAGUAUUGUCAUCAAAAGUGCAUUGUUCACCGUGAUCUUAAGGCUGAAAACCUUCUCCUUGAUGGUGAUAUGAAUAUUAAAAUUGCUGACUUUGGUUUUAGUAACGAAUUUACAGUUGGGAACAAAUUGGACACAUUUUGUGGAAGCCCACCCUAUGCUGCUCCCGAGCUUUUCCAAGGAAAGAAGUAUGACGGGCCUGAAGUGGAUGUAUGGAGUCUGGGCGUCAUUCUCUAUACAUUAGUCAGUGGCUCCUUGCCUUUCGAUGGCCAGAAUUUAAAGGAACUGCGAGAGCGAGUUUUACGAGGGAAGUACCGUAUUCCCUUCUACAUGUCCACAGACUGUGAAAAUCUUCUGAAGAAAUUAUUAGUCCUGAAUCCAAUAAAGAGAGGUAGCUUGGAACAAAUAAUGAAAGAUCGAUGGAUGAAUGUUGGUCAUGAAGAAGAAGAACUAAAGCCAUAUACUGAGCCUGAUCCAGAUUUCAAUGACACAAAAAGAAUAGACAUUAUGGUCACCAUGGGCUUUGCACGAGAUGAAAUAAAUGAUGCCUUAAUAAAUCAGAAGUAUGAUGAAGUUAUGGCGACUUAUAUUCUUCUAGGUAGAAAACCACCUGAAUUUGAAGGUGGUGAAUCAUUAUCCAGUGGAAACUUGUGUCAGAGGUCCCGGCCCAGUAGUGACUUAAACAACAGCACUCUUCAGUCCCCUGCUCACCUGAAGGUUCAGAGAAGUAUCUCAGCAAAUCAGAAGCAGCGGCGUUUCAGUGAUCAUGUUGGUCCAUCCAUUCCUCCUGCUGUAUCAUAUACCAAAAGAGCUCAGGCUAACAGUGUGGAAAGUGAACAGAAAGAAGAGUGGGACAAAGAUGUGCCUCGAAAACUUGGCAGCACAACAGUCGGAUCAAAAAGCGAGAUGACUGCAAGCCCUCUUGUAGGGCCAGAGAGGAAAAAAUCUUCAACUAUUCCAAGUAACAAUGUGUAUUCUGGAGGUAGCAUGGCAAGAAGGAAUACAUAUGUCUGUGAAAGGACCACAGAUCGAUACACAGCAUUGCAGAAUGGAAAAGACAGCAGCCUUACGGAGAUGUCUGUGAGUAGCAUAUCUUCUGCAGGCUCUUCUGUGGCCUCUGCUGUCCCCUCAGCACGACCCCGCCACCAGAAGUCCAUGUCCACUUCUGGUCAUCCUAUUAAAGUCACACUGCCAACCAUUAAAGACGGCUCUGAAGCUUACCGGCCUGGCAGUACAACCCAGAGAGUGCCUGCUGCUUCCCCAUCUGCUCACAGUAUUAGUACUGCGACUCCAGACCGGACCCGCUUUCCCCGAGGGAGCUCAAGCCGAAGCACUUUCCAUGGUGAACAGCUCCGGGAGCGACGCAGCGCUGCUUACAAUGGGCCACCUGCUUCACCAUCCCAUGAAACGGGUGCAUUUGCACAUGCCAGAAGGGGAACGUCAACUGGUAUAAUAAGCAAAAUCACAUCCAAAUUUGUUCGCAGAAGUACAUCAGGGGAACCAAAAGAAAGAGACAAAGAAGAGGGUAAAGAUUCUAAGCCGCGUUCUUUGCGUUUCACAUGGAGUAUGAAGACCACUAGUUCAAUGGACCCUAAUGACAUGAUGAGAGAAAUCCGAAAAGUGUUAGAUGCGAAUAACUGUGAUUAUGAGCAAAAAGAGAGAUUUUUGCUUUUCUGUGUCCAUGGAGAUGCUAGACAGGAUAGCCUCGUGCAGUGGGAGAUGGAAGUCUGCAAGUUGCCACGACUGUCACUUAAUGGGGUCCGCUUCAAGCGAAUAUCCGGGACAUCUAUUGCCUUUAAGAACAUUGCAUCAAAAAUAGCAAAUGAGCUUAAGCUGUAAAGAAGUCCAAAUUUACAGGUUCAGGGAAGAUACAUACAUAUAUGAGGUACAGUUUUUGAAUGUACUGGUAAUGCCUAAUGUGGUCUGCCUGUGAAUCUCCCCAUGUAGAAUUUGCCGUUAAUGCAAUAAGGUUAUACAUAGUUAUGAACUGUAAAAUUAAAGUCAGUAUGAACUAUAAUAAAUAUCUGUAGCUUAAAAAGUAGGUUCACAUGUACAGGUAAGUAUAUUGUGUUUUUCUGUUCAUUUUCUGUUCAUAGAGUUGUAUAAUAAAACACGAUUGCUUAAAACCUUGUAUAGUUGUCUAGAUUUCUGCACAUGAAUGUACGUUUGAUGCUUUGAUUUGAAAAUGUUCUUCCCUGUUACUUACAUUCUGGUGGGUUUUUUAAAUUCUUACCUCCAUCAUGCAAUUUUGAAAAUUGUGUCCAGAAUUAAAAGUGCAUAGAAAUAGUCUUUACAAAGUUGUAGCAUGGACCUUUAAAAAUUGUUUUAAAAUCAUAUUUAAAUUUAAACCAGAAGCUGAAAAAUAGAUCAGCUUUAUUAUACACAAAAUUAUUACUGCUUAUCUUUGCUCUUUUCCUUGUUAUCCCACAAGGUUUAGUUGAGAAGAUACAAAAUGUUUACAGUGUUGGCACUUAAGAGUUUUUAAAUUCAAGUACAUGAAAUUCAAUAAUAGCAUUGCCUUGAGCUAACUAAGAAGUACUGGGAAAAAAGUUAAAUCUACAUCAAGUUUCUUUUGAACUUUGAAGUGUUUUCUGACCCACUGCUAAUUGUAGCAACAAAAUUUAAAAGAAAAAAAACAUACUUUAUCUGGCUAUUAUAACAUAAAUUGUCACGUAGGUUUGCUGCCUUCAGAAUACCGCAAUAUAAUUGUGGGAAUAUAAUAAUAUUGGGACUGUUUCAUAGCACAAACUCAUCUUUACAGUGUUGAUCAAUGCAUCAGUUAAGAAAUAAUGCCACCUCAGGAAUUAACUGGCAUUGGAAACAUUUGCCUCAUUCUCCUCCUAUCCUCUUCAUUCAUCCCUGCCACUGUAAUAUCUAUAAGUACUUAAGAGACUUGUGAGCAAAACAUACUAUUUAUAACAGUACAUUAUUGAUUUAUGCUUAUGUGGUUGUUGAGUUUGUUCCCAUGUAACUCGUUUGUUUUAAAUAUUUUGCCAGAUUUCUUGUAUUUAUUCCACAUCAUUAUGCCUAUAAUGUGCCACUUUGUGAUUGGGCAUUUGCCUACUUUUCUUUCAUAAUUAGUGAUAUAUGCGAUGUAAAACCACUAGUAAAGGUACAUUUUAAUACUUUAUUAUUUUAUACUGAAUUAGCCUUGGAGGUUGACUGUGCAAUGUUAUUUACUGUUGUAAUUACUGUAAUAUCAACAUAUGGGCCCCAUCUGCACACUCCUGAAAAAUAGAAAGUGUAUUCAAAUUUUAUCAGUUUAAAGAAAAUAAAGCUGUGAUAAAUACUGUAAUUCCAACCUACAUUAGAAGGUCUAAGUGUAGGUGAUGUGCCAUUCCAUAAUGGCUUCCAGACUAGGGUGAAUUUUACAUUCUGUACUGUACUGUGAUGUAGCUUUCUUCUGUAACAGUUAUGUUCUAAAAUUAAGUGAGGUUUUUUUUUGUUUUGUUUUGGUUUUUUUUGCCUUAGCAAAGGGUGGUGUUUGAAAAAAAAAGAAAUGUGUAGCCCCUUUUUGACCUAGUGUUCAUUCAAAAAAAAUUGAUGCAAAUCUUUAUUCACUUUCACUGGUGCACACUGAAAUUUUACUUGAACAGUUCUCAUAAUAAAGCACUUGUCUUUUGCUCUUUAUCAGAAUGUGAAUUACCUGUUUUCUAGUACAAAAGUAUUCUGUAUGAGGAGUUUAUUGUAUGUGUUCUAAAUUUAGUUGGCAAAAGGUGAAGCUGUGAAGGUUUUCAAGAUUAUUGAAGCUAUGAAGGUUUCUUGUCAUUAUGACAAGAAUAUUUAAUCUUUUUAUAGGAACUCCUGUCACUGAAAUACUUUUUUAAAAAAAUAGACCUCCUGCUGUGUUUUCCACGGUAGAAACUGAUGUUUUUUUACAUUUUCUCACUGUGGCCAACUCUUCUGUGUUUGUAGAAAGGAAUUUGACUUCAAUAUCUUUUAUGAACUAAAAAUGAAAUCUUGAUACUCACUUUAGAUUUUUCGUUUUAUGUGUUCAUGACAACAAAUAUUUUUCAAAGGUUUAGAGGAAUUUUGCAAUAUGUUUGCAUAAAUAAAUACCAGUUUAUGUU